AUGUACNCCAAUAACUUAAAUGGAUCCAUCCCUCCUGCAUUGUUCAAACAAUCUGGUAAAAUCGCGGUGAAUUUCAUCGCGGGGAAGAUAUAUGUGUACAUUAAGAAUGAUGGUAGUAAAGAGUGCCAUGGAGCAGGAAAUUUGUUUGAGUUUGGAGGAAUUAGACAGGAGCAGUCGAACAGAAUUUCAAUCAGGAAUCCCUGUAACUUCACUGGAGUUGGAAUGAUUCCUGAAGGUGGACAGCUCGAAACUUUUCCACCUACGAAGUUUGUCAACAAUUCAGGCCUUUGUGGAUUGCCUCUUCCACCAUGUGGGAAAGAUGCGGCGUUAAGCGCGAAUUCUCAGCAGAAGAAGUCUGAUAGGAGAGCAGCUGCUAUUGUGCGAAGCAUUGCAAUGGGAUUGUUGAUCUCCCCCUCCCUAAUUCAUGACAGCAAGCACGGACUGGCAGCAAGGAUGAAACUGAAUGACCAAAGCAUCGGUUCAAAUCCUAUCUCCGCACUAAGUAAGGGUUUCAUUCUGCAUCACUCUCCCCGUCGUUCUCGACCUCGCAAGGUUUUUGAAGCGGCCGAAGCGGGAAGUGACAAUACCGCUUUUCUUCAGCACAUUUUGGAUGAUUUGAGCGAAAACGGAGUACAAAGUUCAGCCUUUAAGGAGGCUAUGAAUCAAAUAGGGCUGGUGGCGCAGUCCCCACUUGACCAAUUUGAGAUUGUCCCAUUGAUUCCUAUGAAUAUCGGAAACUUCUAUUUCUCAUUCACAAAUCCAUCUUUGUUCAUGCUGCUAACUCUGAGUUUUUUCCUACUUCUGAUUCAUUUUAUUACUAAAAAGGGAGGAGGAAACUUAGUCCCAAAUGCUUGGCAAUCCUUGGUAGAGCUUAUUUAUGAUUUCGUGCUGAACCUGGUAAACGAACAAAUAGGGGGUCUUUCCGGAAAUGUGAAACAAAAGUUUUUCCCUUGCAUCUUUGUCACUUUUACUUUUUUGUUAUUUUCUAAUCUUCAGGGUAUGAUACCUUAUAGCUUCACAGUUACUAGUCAUUUUCUCAUUACUUUGGGUCUCUCAUUUUCGAUUUUUAUUGGCAUUACUAUAGUGGGAUUUCAAAGAAAUGGGCUUCAUUUUUUAAGCUUCUUAUUACCCGCAGGAGUCCCACUGCCGUUAGCACCUUUUUUAGUACUCCUUGAGCUAAUUUCUUAUUGUUUUCGCGCAUUAAGCUUAGGAAUACGUUUAUUUGCUAAUAUGAUGGCCGGUCAUAGUUUAGUAAAGAUUUUAAGUGGGUUCGCUUGGACUAUGCUANAAUUGCAAGGUUCAUCGGCGGUUUGA